UCCAGCGGGGGUUUAGCGGAGCGGUCGGGCAUCACGGGGCCGUUGUGUGCAGCGGGGCCGUCGCUCACUGAGGGCUCUUCGCUGAGCUUUGCGGUCACUGCUGGUUUCUUGGAGCGGUCGACCUGCGUUCAGAGAAAGCACCGCACCGACGUGAACGCCAAGAACAUGCUGAAGAUGAGUGCACUGCACGGGCCACAGAGACGUGCUGGAGCCGAUGGUCACACGCAGAGCAAGUUCUGCAGAAACACACUGGACAUCACGCUGGACAACAGCAGCCACGAGCUGACCGAGAUCCUGCAGGUUCACAGACACUCAGAGCUUCUUCUGAUGCUCUCAGGCAGUUUUACUCUCAGUGCUCGACUGUCCAAGUCUUUGACACGUGGCAAUACAGAACCAGAUCAACACGAACCCCAAGAGUCCAGACACGCUGACCAUCCACACACUGACCAUCCUCACGCCCUGGAGGAGUAUUUAACCUCACCGGACAACAGCAAAUCUACAGGUGACCCGACCUGCGUUUAUGAAUGACCUCCUUUGUCAGAAACACUCGUGACGCAUGAUUGUGUGUUUGCUUUCUGUGCAAUGAAGAAAAUUACCCUGCAGUUAUUUGAACAAACAGCGUCUCAGAGCAGCAUCAAAGCUCUGAUCCUGUGAAAUCAGCCUGAUGCUGCCGCUGGACGCUCUCUGUUGUUGUUGUGUAGAGUAAGUGCAUUCUGAUGGAGAUGUUGAUCUGAUGAUGGGAUGUCAUCUAACCCUCGUCUCUGACGCAGAGCUGAUCUCCGUCGAUGGAGACAUACAGCAGUACAUGAGCUCUGGAGUUCAGCAGGUCAUUACCAUAGUAACAGACAGCAUUCACCUGGGCAAUCUGCAGACGGGCACAGGCAUCAGCCAGCCCAUAAUAGUCCCUACGCCUGACGGGCAGCAGAGUGAGAGAAACACAUAAGCACGAACAUAUAGAGAAGUGUGUGUGAGUGUUUGCUUGGCUCUCUCAGAGUGUGUGUGUGUGUCUGUGUGUGUGUCUGUGUGUGUUUGCCCGGCUCUUUCAGUGUGUGUGUGUGUGUGUGUGUGUGUAUGUGUUUGCUGCUGCUGACGCUCUCGCUGGAGAACUUUCAGGUACAGACACAUGUCCCACAAUCCCUCUCAUGAGCUGGUUUAUGUACAAUAACAUGCUUUCAAUAAAAUUCCAGGAACUCAGUAGAUCAUGGUGCUCGCAACGCCAGUGAAAGCAUGCAAUGAUCAGAUGUGUACUGUGAAGGCGGUGCAAGUGUCUUUAGAUAAAAGCAUCUGCCAAAUGCAUCAAUGUAAAUGCACAUUUUUAUUUGAUUAAUCAAAGCAAUGAUGAGCAUAUAACACACAAGAUUCUGAGGCGCCGAAAUACAGGCAGCAGUUCCUGAAGAAGGAGGCGUACAGACCCUAACCUAAUCACACACAGAACGUGAAGAAAGACAUCAGUGUCUGUGCUUUCUGUGACCGGAUCUUUAUCAUUCAUUUACUUCAGUUCUUUCAUGAAGCCUCUCAGCUGUGGUGCUUGUGUGGCCGACACAGGUUCGAUUCUGACCCACAUCCCAACACCCUCCACUGGCCUUAGGGUGAAGAGGGUUUAACUGCGCAGUGAUGUCAGAUGUCAUGUGAUAAUGUGUUUGAUCUGCAGACUCAGACUCAGUUUCCUCACUGAUAAUCAACAUGGAUCUCUUGUGUUUACAGAGUUUUGCUGCUUGUUGUUUGUGAUGCUCUUUUCAGGAUUUCUGUCAUAAAAAUAUUAUUCUUAAAAGACAGCAGUGCUGGAUUUGGUUUCUUUGAGGAGGAUCUGAGCAUCUCUGCUGAUUAAAAUCUGAAUAAAUGCACAAUACAAGGGUUUUACAGUCUGAACCAGCAACAGCAUCUGUGUGUCUGAAGAUGAAGCAUUACAGUAUUGGGGAUGUUCUGAGCUCUUAAACACAUAUAUUUCAGUUAGGGAUGUGCUGUUCUGAAUCAAAGCGUGUCUUUGUGUAGUUGGUGUGUUUGCGUCAGUGGGCGUCUCCGUCAGCAGCAGUUAUAAGAGCGGACGGAGAUCUGAAGCUCGCUGAUCUUCUCUUCCUCUGACAGACGUGAUGCAGUCGCAGGAGUACAUGAUGAGAGGGAAGGAGAUGGUGGAUUUCAUCCAGCAGUAUCUCACACGGAUCCGAGAGCGGCGGGUCGUUCCAGAUGUUCAGCCGGGUUACAUGCGUCCUCUGCUGCCCAGCAGUGCCCCGUAUGAGCCGGAGGAUUGGAGCAGCAUCAUGAAGGACGUGGAGAACAUCAUCCUGCCUGGGGUUGUUCAUUGGCAGAGUCCUCACAUGCAUGCGUAUUUUCCUGCACUCACCUCAUGGCCGUCUCUGCUGGGUGACAUGCUGGCAGACGCCAUCAACUGCCUCGGCUUCACCUGGGCAUCUAGUCCAGCGUGCACUGAGCUGGAGAUGUGUGUGUUGGACUGGUUGUGUAAAGCGCUUGGGUUGCCAGAUCAUUAUUUACACCAUCAUCCACAGAGCAACGGAGGAGGAAUCCUGCAGAGUACGGUCAGUGAGUGUACGCUGGUCGCUCUGCUCGUUGCGAGGAAAGACCGAAUCCUGCAGAUGAAGAGUGAGUUCACACACGCCGACACGGACGAGUCAGUGCUGAACUCCAGACUCAUCGCAUACGCCUCCGACCAGGCUCAUUCCUCAGUGGAAAAGGCCGGUCUGAUCACUCUGGUGAAGAUCCGGUUCCUGGAGACGGACGAGGCGUUUUCUCUGCGUGGAGAAACUCUUCAGCAAGCCAUCGAGGAGGACCGCAGGAGAGGAUUCGUACCCGUGAUGCUGUGUGCGACGCUGGGCUCCACCGGUGUGUGUUCGUUUGACCGUCUGGAUGAACUCGGCCCUGUCUGUGCUCGUGAGGGUCUCUGGCUGCACGUGGAUGCGGCGUAUGCAGGUUCUGCUCUACUGUGUCCUGAACUACGUUAUUUUCUCAACGGAAUUGAGUUUGCUGAUUCAUUCGUCUUCAACCCAUCCAAGUGGAUGAUGGUCCAUUUUGACUGUACGGCGUUCUGGGUGAAGAAUAAGAUGAAGCUCCAGCAGACGUUCACCGUCGACCCGCUUUACCUGAGACAUGAGAACUCAGACGCCACUGACUUCAUGCACUGGCAGAUGUCUCUGAGCCGCCGCUUUCGCUCUCUGAAGCUGUGGUUUGUGAUGCGCUCCUUCGGUCUGAAGAAGCUGCAGGAUCACAUUCGACACAGCGUGGAGAUGGCGAAGCUGUUCGAGUCUCUGGUCAGAAACGACACAAACUUCCAGAUCCCAGCGCAGCGGCACCUCGGUCUGGUGGUCUUCUGCUUACGAGCUGGAAAUGGAGCGACGCAGGAGUUACUGCGGAAACUGACUAAAUCAGGCCAGAUGUUUCUGAUUCCAGCCGCCAUCGGGAACAAACUCAUCAUCCGCUUCGCCGUGACGUCUCAGUUCACGAGCGCUCAGGACAUCCAGAGGGACUGGAGCCUGAUCCAUCAGACGGCCAGAGAAGUGCUGCGCUCCUGCGCUCUCACACGCCAGCCCAGCAUCAUCUCAGACGAGGAGAGCGAGGACGAGCUGAGCCGCAUGCGUCUGGAGCCCAUGAUCGACGAGCGUCUGGUGCGGCAGGGACAGAGACGUGCCACCCGCUCCCUGAGCUGCAGCGCCGAGCUCCCGCCCCAGAGAGUGCAGAGAGACGCCCCGCUGGAGCAGAUCCCCGAGCGGCCGGCGCCGGAGCACCGAGCACAGAAGAGGCUGCUGAAGUUCCACAGCGUGCCCAGUCUGUCUCAGGUGUGGGCCCAGUGCGGCAUGCAGCAGCUCUACCAGCCCUUCAGACGAGGAUGGGUCACCAGCAGAGCCAGCUGCUUCAACUGCUUCCCUCUGGAGACCAGCCCUCUGCCCACCAAAUAACAUCACCUAUACAUAACAUAACAAAUAACACACGCACACACGCACACACACACACACACACAC